CCGACUGCUCUCGUCUGUAGGCUCGGUGGCCCGGCGGUUCCUGCCCGCGGUUUUUGUUUCCGGGCUUGUCCCUCAGGUCUACCCCCUGGGUCUACCUGCCUCCCCUGCCAUGAGCCUGGAGCUCUACCUGGACCUCCUGUCCCAGCCCUGCCGCGCCGUCUACAUAUUCGCCAAGAAAAACGGCAUCCCCUUCGAGCUCCGCACCGUGGAUCUGCUCAAAGGCCAGCAGCACAGCAAUGCCUUUGCCCAGGUGAACCCCCUGAAGAAAGUGCCAGCCUUGAAGGAUGGGGACUUUACCUUGGCUGAGAGUGUGGCCAUCUUGCUGUAUCUGAGCCGCAAGUACAAGGCCCCUGACCACUGGUACCCCCAGGACCUGCAGGCCUGCGCCCGUGUGGACGAGUACUUGGCGUGGCAGCACACGGCCCUGCGGAGUAGCUGCACCCGAGCCAUGUGGCAGAAGAUGCUGUUCCCUGUGUUCCUGGGUGAACAGGUGCCCCCUGAAAUGUUAGCGUCGACUCUGGCUGAGCUGGACAGGUGCCUACAGCUGCUUGAGGACAAGUUCCUGAAGGACCAGGAUUUCCUUGCUGGGCCUCAUAUCUCAGUGGCUGACUUGGUAGCCAUCACAGAGCUGAUGCAUCCUGUCAGUGCUGGCUGCCAAGUCUUCAAAAGCCGACCCAAGCUGGCUGCCUGGCAUAAGCGUGUGGAGGCCGCAGUGGGAGAGGACCUCUUCCAGGAGGCCCAUGCUGCUGUCAUGAAGGCCAAGGACAUGCCUCCAGCGGACACUGCCACAAAGGAGAGGCUGAAGCCCUUGGCGCAGUUUUUAUUGAAGUGAUUAGGUGUAGGGCCCGCAGAGCCACUAAUGACGGAAACUCUGUUGUCAGAAUAAAGAGAUAGAGCUGCCCCUCUCCUUGGCCAUGAGCAAGA